GUUCAGUUGAGUUCAGUCAGAGUCAGAGCACCGUCAUCACAUCAACUAUAUCAACAACAACUCGAACCCCAAGAACACCAUCAGAAAAAAUCGUGUGUAUAAAAUGAAAUAUUAUUAAUACAAGACGAUUAUAAUAAAAUUAGACGCAAGUGUAUACCUAAGUAACAUUUGUUAACCACUAUAACAGAAAAAGAAACUAACGCUUUGCAUAAACAAAUAAGAAUUAACGGAAAACAAUAAAAUAAAACUGCAACAUAUAUAGUACAUUUAUAGAACCGCACUCGAUAAAUUGCAGCUGUAUGCACGACUCCUUGCAAAAAGCAGCAGCAUUCCCGCAAUAAAAACCAAACACAAAUUUUGGGUGAUACGUAAUAACAAAAUAAAUCAUUUGUGAAAACUGAUAAAAAAAAACAAACAAAAAAAUAAAAUAAAAUCUAUAUUGAAAAUUGAAAAUACAACUUAUAAGUGAAUCUGGUUGCAACCCAACAACAAAUCAAUCAGCAUCGUCAUACGGAUCUGGAUAUUUUUCUGGCAUUCAAACCUGGAUUGCUUGGUGAUCCAGAUUGAACUAAUCUGAAUUGAACUGAACUGAACCACAAACACGCUUUCUGAACGAAAGGAGGAGGAAUAAAGGAUUUGAGAGCGAUAGGAACACGGCUGAAUGUUUUGAAAUUGGAAUCGCGUUGAAUAAAGCAAAUCUGAGAGGCAACAGCAAAUCCAAUCAAAAAAUUAUAACUACAAAAAUAACUGUGCGUAUUCAAUACUAUGUAACUGCAAACUCAGCAAAGUGAAACCGAUAAUAAUAAAUACAAAAUUUAAAAGACUGAACACUUAAAUCGCAAGAGUCAGAGAGACGUAUUAACAAGCGUCGAAAUUUGCAUUCAACUCUGCUAUUCUCUCUUUCGCGCGUUCUCUCUCUCUCUCUCUCUCUCUCUCUCUCUCUCUCUCGCGUGCUCUUUCUCACCCUCUCUGAUUCUUGCUGGGGUCUGUUUACAAUGGAAAGUAUUACGAAUAGUGUUACUGGAAUAAACACUGUGAUCCAACAGUUGUUGCAGCAUAUGGAUACAGAUUUUUAUACAAGCACCGCAACCUGUCAACGACAACAAAGACAAAAACAAAAACAGCCACAACAGCGAGAACAGCAAAUGGACUAUUCUGCAUACCAAUAUCAGCAUUCAGCGUUCACUCGCUUGGCGCAAUUAGAUCAUACUAAUCAGUAUCAAACACCGCAUUCCAAGAUAGUAACAAAUUCAGCCACAUCGCCUUCACCAAUAAAUAACGGCGGCAACAGCAACAGCAUCUCCAACAGAAACAGCAUCAGCAUCAGCAACAGCAGCAACAGCAGCAGCAGCGGCAAAAGCAGCAUUGCCAGUAGCCAUCAUAAUGCUACAUAUUCAUUAGCCGUUUUUAGCUAUAAGCAAAAACAGCAGCAUAUACAGCAACAGCAACAUCAACAGCAACAGACAUUUGCACAUAGCCAACCAAUUCUAAGCAAUAAUCAACAUCACUAUCGCCAGAUGGAAACACAGAUGCAACAAAUCAGCCCAAAUGCCAACGUCAAUACAACCCUCGACACGGAGAGCUCGUCAACUGCAGUACAACACCAUGAGCAGGAGCAGGAGCAGCAGCUACAGCAUCACCAUCAGCAUCAGCAUCAAAUUGAAAACCAUGAGACAACGGCAAUAACUGCCAGCUUUAAGACUGUUGCCUCCUGUUGGUGCUACGGUGAGUCAGUUUGUUCUGGAAUUGAGGUUGAAAUUGAAAAUAAUAACAAUAAUCAUAAUCAUCAUGGCGACACAACAUUUCACAUGAAGAUUCUGGUGCCUGCGGUCGCCUCCGGGGCCAUCAUUGGCAAGGGUGGCGAGACAAUUGCCUCGCUGCAGAAGGACACGGGUGCUAGAGUGAAGAUGUCCAAGUCGCACGACUUUUAUCCAGGUACAACUGAGCGCGUGUGCCUUAUCACGGGCUCAGUGGAGGGCAUCAUGACCGUGGUGGACUUUAUAAUGGAUAAGAUACGUGAGAAGCCUGACUUGACCACAAAAAUCAUUGAUGCGGAGUCCAAGCAGGCGCAGGAACGUGAUAAGCAGGUCAAAAUACUAGUGCCCAACUCUACGGCCGGCAUGAUAAUUGGCAAGGGCGGCGCCUUCAUCAAGCAGAUUAAAGAGGAGAGCGGUUCCUAUGUGCAGAUCUCGCAGAAGCCGAAGGAUGUGUCUCUCCAGGAGCGCUGCAUCACCAUCAUUGGUGAUAAGGAGAAUAACAAGAAUGCCUGCAAGAUGAUACUAUCGAAGAUAGUUGAGGAUCCACAGUCGGGCACCUGCCUAAACGUAUCCUAUGCUGAUGUGAAUGGCCCCGUUGCUAACUUCAAUCCAACUGGUUCUCCCUAUGCCACAAAUCAGAAUGCCAUUAACUCAAGCACAGCCUCAUUGAACUCCACGCUGGGCACGACAAUCGGUGGCGCGGCUACCGCAGCGAGCCUCUUGGUGAAUGGCACUGGCAUUAACCUAUCACUGAACUUGGGUGCACCGAAUCCGGCGCCCAAUCUAGCAGUGGCCACACAGCUGCUGGAACACAUCAAGGUUGCCAUGCGGGGUGCUGGCUACUCGGAGACGGUCACCACUGAGGUGUGCGCUGCGCUGGGUGUGCUUGCAAAAUACGGAGUGCUUGGCAUGGGUGUAGGCGUGGGUGUUACACACGCCAACGGAGCACAUCCGACGCUGGGCAAUUAUCUUGGCGUUGCGGCUCUGGAUCAACAGACGGCAGCGGCGGCCUCAGCGGCCAAUGCAAGCAACGUUUUUGGCGCUGUUGGCCAAGUCAAUUUGGAGCAAUAUGCCGUUGCUGCUGCCGCUGCUGCAGCGGCCACUCGUCCAACGCCGUCGCAGCUGGAGGUGCAAUUCGAUGCAUUCCGUCAUCUGGGAUCGGCCACAGCUCCUGCGACAACUCCUGUUUCGCUAAACAACAACAGCUUUGGAUUAACCGGUGCCACCGGAACGGUCAGCAGCGCGCAGUUAGGAGCUGCUGCAUCGAUAGGCGGACUUAGUAAGAGUCCUACUCCGGGAGAUUUGGGUGCCAAGGAUUCCAAGAACGUAGAGGUGCCCGAAGUGAUUAUCGGCGCUGUCUUAGGUCCAAACGGUCGUAGUUUAGUUGAAAUCCAACAUGUUUCUGGCGCAAAUGUGCAAAUUUCCAAAAAGGGCAUAUUCGCACCUGGCACUAGAAAUCGCAUUGUAACCAUAACUGGUCAGCCGAGUGCCAUUGCCAAAGCGCAGUAUCUAAUUGAACAGAAAAUCAACGAGGAGGAGACAAAGAGAGCGCGUCAAAUUCCAUUAACUACUGUUGUGAAUUAAACAAUCCUCAAUCCAAUCCAAGCAAGCAAUCAAGCAGCACAACAACAAAAAACAACAACAACAACAACUACUACUACACCCCUUCUUAUUAUUAAAUGCGUAUUUCAACAUAACCAAAUGGUUAAUUUCAAAAAGCAAAAAGAUAUAAUAUAAUAUACAUAAAUGUAAAUGAAGAAAAACAAACGCCAUAAUUACAUCUCCAAAACAAAAACAAGCAAACGAAUAACAACAACAUCGGCCGUUUCCGCACACACACACACAUCCAACAUAUACGCAAACCCCCCCUCCCACAUACACACACACACACACACACAUCCAUACUCGCAGAAAGGCAUAUUAGCAAUAUGUCUGAACUAGUGAUAUGAUAUAUUGCUUUUUCAGAGAGAUAUAUAAAACAAUCUACUCUAUCUAAAUGCUGAGUUUGUUUUCCCAUUAUUAUUUUCCAUUGAAAUAUUAAUAUAUAUUAAACAGAUAUAUUUCUCUCUUGGUAUACAUAUAUUAAUAUAUCAUAUUUAUUUGAGUAUGCAAAAACAAAAAUAAUGGGAAAAAUGUUUAUACCUCACUUUGUUGUUGUCCUCAAUAUGUUUGCGAGUUUUUUUUUUUUGCAAUCUGACAAAAGAAAAUAAUUAUAUAUAUACAUACAUAGAUCUACAUACAUAGUUACAUGUUGCAUACAUAUUUUGUGCAUUUGUGUGUAUGCUUGCAUACUGCGGAUGCGUGUACUUAUGUAUGUAUGUAGCCAUACCGUUGUAUACAUACAUACAUACAUACAUACUUACAUACAUAUGUAUGUGCAUGCAUGCCUUUUAUAUACUAACUGUUGAGUCUUGUUUAUAUAACGUAAAACAUAAUACAUAAAAUUCACACAACCACACCCACACAUUGAUACAUAUGUAGACCUAUGUAUUUAUGUUUUAUAAACAAAGUACACAUUAUUAUAUCAUUAUGUUGAGUCUAAAAACGAGGAUUAUUUUUGUGUAAUUGAGAGCGUUUUCAGUGAGAAAACUUCUGUUGACUAUUCGAAAAAGGGUGUCUACAUAAGGUAAAUAUUUCACUACACAUACAAAUCAAUCUAAAAAUAAUUAAAAUAUAAAAACAAAAAAUGAAAAACGAAAAACAAAAAACCUCACCAAAAACAAACAAAUGCGUUAAAAAUGCUGACAGGCUAGUGAUAACUAUUUGAAACACUUUUACCUCAUAUACGAGUAUAUCAACAUUCUUAUUACAUCUCAUGUUUUCUGUUGUUGCCCUCUUGUGCUUAUUGCUACUACUAAAUGCAAAACAAUAAAUAAACCAAUUAUGUAUAUUAAUAUUUUUAUGUUUUUAGCCACAAAUAUUUUAUGAUAAUGUUGAAAAUUUGACCAUGAUAAUGUUGUUUAUUGUUUUAAAAGAAUGAAGAAGAAAAAGUGUUGUUAAUGUUUUACGCUCACGUGAGUCUCCUUUUUGGUAUUGAUUUUGUGCUUCUUGUGUGUUAAUCCCCAUUUGAUUUAUAUACAUACAUACGUGUGCUCUAUGUAUAUUAUGUAUUUGAAGACAUGCGAUUUUUAAAUUUCCACUUUGAAAUGGUUCUUUUUUUUACUAUUUUCUGGAAAUUCCAGUCCCUCUUGUUAAAUUCAUAGAAUUAAAUAUUUUUGAAUUAUUUGCACCAUUUAUUUGUGUCACAUACUAUAUUAAUCUUAAGUAUUACAUUUUCCAAUUAUUCACUUUAUGCAUCACAAUAUUGUUAAAAAAUUUAAACGACUUUUUCUUUGCUAAAUUUGCUAUCUUUCCACAUACAAUGCCCCCGCCCCCUAUUAGUUGAUAAGUAAUGUGCAAUUAUUCAAUUUAAAUUGAAAAAAUUUCACUUUGAUUCGAUGUACAUUUAGUUACUCCCGACGACUUUAAAAAAGACAAACUUUCCCACAAUCAAAUCAUUACAAAUAUAAAUGUAACAUAUAUACAAACAUAUAUGCAUAGUUGAAUAUUAUAUUAGCAUCACAUUUCAAUAUUCUUCCAUUCAUUAAUACACGCACACAUAUAGUACAUACACAUCCCCAUGUCUAUGCGAAAACACCUUGAUAGAAAUGCAUUAAAUGUAAUGUGAAAUUAAGUGUUUUUCUUUGCGCCUUACUACAUAUUUAGUUUAAAUUUAUAUUUUAUUUUACCAAAAAAUAAACAAAAGAAAAAAAGAAUAAAAAUAAAAUAAAUCCAACUGAAAUGAAAUUUAUAAAAAUUAUGAAACUUUGAUAAAGAGAAAAUAAACAAACAAUUUGAAACAUUUCAGUGUGUUUAAUUGAAAGCACCAAUCAAUAUUGGUGCCCCCAAUCAAUCAAUCCAUUACCACGUUUAACCAGCACCCAACUAACUGCGUAAUAUAAACAAUUUAGCAACAUUAUCAUGCCAAUUCAACAGUCAGUCAAUCAGUCAGUCAGCCAGUCAGUCAGUCAGUCAGUCGAACGCACUCAAAAGAGUAUGCUCGUAAGCUGUGUCAAUAAGAUCAAUCCACCAGGUUAAUCUGUAAUGCAAUUAAAUCAUUGAAAACGCUCACAAAUCUAUAAUUAUUGAUCCCGAAAACCACCCGUAAGUUUAGUCUCUAAAUAUAAGUUCAAAAGUUGUUUACAUCUAUUGUUUAACUAGUGUUGUUAAAUCUGACCUAUAAUUGUUUUCAUUUGUGCAAUAUUUAAUAAAUAAUAUAACAAAUAAUAGUUUCAUAGUUAAACUGCGCCACAACAGAGAAACAAAUACAAUAUGCAAAUCCAAAUUGUGACAAAUUAUGUUUUAAAUUAUGUUUGCAUAAAUGUUGUUUCAAAACAAAGCAAAUAAAUUUUAAAUUGAACAAAACUUAAAUAAAGCAAAAAAUAAUAGUAAAAGUAAAGUCGUAAGUGCUAGUGUGCCUUGAAAUAUGCAAAAAAAAAAACAAAAACGAUAAGAAAAGAAAAAAAAGAGAAAAAACAAACAAUGAAAGAAUUGAAAUUUGUGUUCUGUUUCUUUUAACUAAAUAUAUUUGUUUGAGAAUAUAAAUAACAUUUUUAAGCUUCAUUGUGAGAAAUGGAUUAUCAAUGCGAUCACAAGAUAAUAUGAAUCAUUUCAAUGAAAAGGAAAGGAAAGUUACAAAACAUUCAAAAAUAGUCAAACAUGAAAUGAAUGUCAAACCAAAAUAAUAAUCAAAUAAUAACAACAAUGAUUACAACGAUACGAUACAUACUUAGUAUAGAAAUUAUUAUAGCUACAUUAAAAUCACAACAAUUUGUUCAAUUCAACCAAAUCACAACAAGCAUACAACAUAUAACCUCUGCCUCUCCAGAACAAGAACAAACAACUACCAAAAACCAACAGAAACAAGUAAUCGUACAUUUUAUCAUCUUUUUUUGUCAUGGCGAACCCAAAGAGGAUCAACGGGGCUGCACAGACAAUGACAUUGCCUAGGCACAAGGCACAAGACACAAGACACAAGGCACAAUCGUUUCACAGUUACUUCAUGAACACACAUUAUUUCGCAUCUACAUAAAUACAGCUACACAUAACCCAUUCAUACAUUGAAGACAACAUUCGAACAAUUACCUUUUCUCACAUGCGCGGCGUACUCAUUGAGUUGAUGUUAAAUAUAUGAGUUUCUUAACUUAAAGUAGGGAAAACAUGAAAAAAUUAUGCAAAUAUAUGGGGAUGUAUAUAUUUGCUCUGAAUCUGUGAUAUAUAAUUAAAAACAAAAAAUAAAAUACAAAUAUCGAGUAAAACGAUAUAUGAAAUUAGUUAUGAAAUAAAUAAUUAAUUUCUGAAAUGAAAUGUCGAAAAGCUUUACUUCAGAAGCAAAACAAAAGAAUCAAUUAACAUGUAGCGUGGCACUUCUCAUUUUCCCAGUAUAUAUUAUGAUAAUUCCUGCUCGGAAUGUUCGAGUAUUUUUUGUUACUAAUCAAGUGCAAGAAAAUGCGAUUGAUUCAGAUUCUAGGUAUCUGUGUUACAUUCAUGCAUGUUGUUUGCCAUGCUUUUACGCCAAGCAAGAUGAUCUGUGCACUGUGCACGAUUCAUUCGUAUGACGAAAAAGAAGAUAAAAUGUUAGAAAUUGUAAUUGGUUUAGUUAUUCGUUGGUUUCUGCCGGACAGUAGGUGUGCUUACCGCUUGUUUGGAUUUAUUGUUUUGAAAGCAAUUGAGCUCUUGCUGUAAAUUAAUGCUUUUUUUUGUAUUCUAUUACCAUGUAUCAAUAUAUGUAUGUACGUUGGAUUUUCUCCAAUUCAUUUAUUAGCUUGAUCCAAAAAUAAAGGGAAAUCAAUGGAUCACACUUCUCCGAAUUGCAAUCACAAACAUACAUACUAUACAUGCCUUCGCUCAUGUCGAUCCUUCACAAGUCACCACACUGUUUAAAUCCAUACAAUGUCAUCCACAAUUAUGAUCAAUGAUAGCCUUCCCGAUAUGUUGGCAAGUUAUAUUCAAGUUUUCUACAAAUUACAACAAUAAUGUAUUGUGUUGCUGUUAUUUCAGCGAUGGAGUCUAUUAGAGUUAAAUUAAUGCAAACAUAAAUAACUUUUAUUAGCUACAUGUAUACAAAUGCAUACUUACGUAACUUAAAACAAAAAACCAAAAACAAGAAACAACAAAUAUUUCAGUUUUGAAAACUUGUAGUGAAAUGUGAAAAUAUCAAACCGAAAGAGAAUCUGUAAAAUUUAAACAAUAAAUAAAUUAAAUACAUAACCUUACACAUAUAUAUACUACAUUCAGACACAAAGAAUAAACAAGUUGAAUUUAGCAGUAUAAUUGUUAUAUUUUUUCCGAUUUUUUAAAGUUAUGAUAUACAUACAUACAUAUAUUCUAUACACAACCUGAAAGAAAUUGUUAAAUAUAAUUUGUUAUGCUUUGUCUCCCACACUGUUAUUAGAACAAUUUAAUAAUUAAAUGCAUAUUUACAAUUA